GAAGAGAUAAUGGAUAAGACGACUGACAAAGAAAUGAAAAUACAAGGUUGAAGUUGUACAGUAACAAAUUGAACGGGUGUCGAUCCUAUCACAAUAACGGAGCUCUCUAUUAUAUACUAUACUAUACUGUUCUAUAGUUUUUUUUAUGUCUCUAAUAAUAAUUCCUGUUUAUAUUCUUAGAUAGUUUAAAGAAUAAAAGAGUGCAUCGCGAGAACGUUUAUCAUAAUUUAUUAAAAAUUCUUAGAAGAAUAAGAAUGAGAAAGAUCGUUUUCAAGGAACUAAGAUAAAAGAUAUAGUCUGUCUUAAAAGAUUAUCGUUCAUUACUCUUAUCGUUUACUUUAUUUUCUUUUGAUAUUCUUCGUUUCUCCUUUGUGCAUGUAUGCAACAAAUGUGAAUAUAUAAAGUUGAAUUUUUUUUUGAAAUAUUCUAAAACACUCACGAGAGUUUUUUAUUAAUCAUCAAACGUACUGACAUCGAGUAGUCAGUCUUAUUAGCGACAUUAAAUAUUCUAUUAACGAUUACAAUCACAAUAAUAUAUAAUGUUCACGAUUUUUUUGGUUUUUAUAUCAUUUUUAAUCUUACUACACUAUUUUAUAAAAUACCGAAGAAUAGGAAGACUUCUUGAACUAAUUCCAGGACCAGAAUCAAUUCCGAUAAUAGGUAAUCUCCCAAGAUUUCGAUUAGACAAUGAUGAUGCUUUUGAUGAAAUUAUAAAAAAGGAUAGAAAAUAUUAUCCGGUCUAUAAAAUAUGGUCCUUCUUUUUUGCGUUAGUAAUUCUACUUAAUCCGAAGGAUGUUGAAAAACUAAUGAAAAGUACCAAACAUAUAGGAAAAGGUACUGCUUAUAGAUUCCUAAAACCUUGGCUGUCUGAUGGAUUGCUAAUAACCACUGGUGACAAGUGGCAAGAACGGCGAAAAAUUUUAACGCCUGCCUUUCAUUUUAAUAUCCUUAAACAUUUUGUUAUAACCUUCAACGAGGAGUCAAAGUAUCUUAUAAGCAUACUCAAUAAGGAAUCUAAAGAUGGACCAAUAAUUAAAGAUAUCAUGUCAUUUAUUACCGAGCACUCUUUAAACGCUAUAUGCGAAACUGCCAUGGGUACAUCUUUAAAGGAUAAAAGUGAAUUACAGAGUAAAUAUCGCGAAGCUGUACACGCUUUUGGCAAAAUCGUACCGUACAGAUUGGGGAGACCCUGGUAUCAUUCAGAUUUUAUAUUUUCAUUUACAUCGCUUGGACGAAAGCAGAAUGAACUUUUAAAAACAUUGCACAAUUUUUCCUCAACCAUAAUUGCAGAAAGGAAACGUUUUCAUCAAGAGACCAAAGGGAAAUAUUUACAAAAUAUCGACGAAAUGAAUGAGGAUGACGUAUUCACCAACGGAACCAGCGAUAUUAACAAAAAUCCGUUGAUCAAGAAAAGACUUGCUAUGUUAGAUCUUCUGAUAGCCGCAUCGAUGAACGAUAAUCAAAUCGAUGAUAAAGGAAUUCAAGAAGAAGUCGACACUUUUAUGUUUGCCGGUCAUGACACUACGGCAACAUCAUUAUGUUUUGUUUUGCUCCAUAUUGCAAAAUACAAAUCAAUACAGGAACGUAUAAGAAACGAAAUAAAAGCCGUCAUGCAACAGAACAAUUGCAAUCUGACUAUGUCAAUGCUUAAUGAAUUUUUAUUCAUGGAAAGAUGCAUAAAAGAAUCACUACGUUUGUAUCCCACCAUUCCUUUUAUAGCACGUUACUUGACGGAGGAUUUGCAGUUGGAUAAUUAUUUAAUCCCAGCUGGUGUUAAUUGUCGCGUAAGCAUCUACCAUUUACACAAAAAUCCAGAAUACUGGCCAAAUCCAAAUGUUUUCGAUCCCGAUAGAUUUUUACCAGAAAACAUGAAAGGACGUAAUCCAUAUUCGUACAUACCAUUUAGCGCAGGGUUACGCAAUUGUAUCGGUCAAAAAUUCGCUAUGCUCGAAAUGAAAUUAAUGAUAGCUUACAUAUUACACAAUUAUUAUUUGGAACCAGUCGACGAAUUAGAUGAUAUUAAAAUUACAGGAAAUAUUAUUUUACGUACUUCUAAACCUCUUCGAGUCAAAUUUAUACCAAUAAAAUAAUAACAAUUAAAUCUAUUGUUUCGCUUUAUAAUUUUCCAAUUUAAAUGAAAUACAUCGUAAUUAUAAUGUGA